AUCUCGCUCCUCACCAUUACGGUGCGACCUCCGCAUCAGUCUCACCAUCACCCGCGGCAACGCUGCAAGCGUGCGGGUGUGUCUCAAUAGCUAUUAGAGAGGUUUCCCAGCGCCCCCAACUUUUCAACCCAAGCAACUGAUCUGCAACCAUGGAAACAUCUGCUUGUAUAAAAGCUCUUGUGUUCGCCACUACUCAGUAUUAUAAUAACAAGACUGACUCAACCCUUGUGCACUUGCAACGUCAAUUAGAUGUUAUGAUUGGAGUUACAGCCCAACGAUCAAACAGUAAAUAUUUCCUUCCACCUCAACUGGCAGCUACAGAAUGUCUGACUUGUUUAGUGGAUGUCUUAUCUGAUCCCAGCACUGUACGACAUUUGUCACUGAAAUGUAUCCAACUACUUAGUAACUUAGUGCAUGAACCCCAAAUUCGGACAAGCUUAUACAAAGAUUUUAAUUUGUUUGCUGCUUUAGCCAGUCUAAUUAUAAAUAAUUCUAAUAAAGCAUCAGAUAAUUUGGCUUUGGAUUCUGUGCAGCUUCUUCAAAAAAUCACCUAUGGCCAGGCUAUUAAUUUUUAUGAAAACUACUAUGAAGACCUCAUUAGUUAUCUUGUCAAGCAGAUAUUACUUCCUGAAAACUCAGUCACGCUGCCUUGUCUUGGUUUAUUGGCUAAUCUUUGCCGCAACUGUAAUACCAUACAGGUUUUCAUCAACAACAUGGAAGUAUCUCGCAAGCUGAAGCUAACUUUGAUCCCGUUUCUGUCUCAUAAUAACUUGAGCAUGAUAAUCUUCUCACUCUCCAUACUCACCAGUUUGUGUCUUCAAGAGGAAUUAGGAGACAAACUAUUCAAUGCCAACAACAUCAACCAGACAUUCAAGAUGAUGUUUAAUAUUGUUAUUAAUGGUGAAUCAGGAACCAGUCGUCUUUAUGCCAUUGAUUUAUUUAUUGACAUGAUGAAGAAUUCCAAAAUACAGCAGCUCCUUGCUGUGUUUACUCACCUUUCUGCAUCAUUGAAGGAAGUCUUUGUACUUUUAGGAAGUUGCUCUGCACUGACUGCUACAAAGGUGUUUGAACUCUUCAUUUCAUUCUGUUCGGUCAAAAGUAUUCGGAAAACGCUCAGCUAUUAUCUAUUUGAUCUCUCCCAAUACAAUGACCCAACAGCACCAAAGAAUGUCACAACCUUCCAUCUUGAGGCUAUGACUAGCUGGAUUUCAUCAUCGCUCGAUUCCGAGAUAGAAGCCUCAUGCAGAGCUCUGGAAUUAUGUAUUGAAAUUUUGGAGGAAUUGAAUCAAAACAGUUGGCUUAAAGACCAAGAAAAGUCUGUAGAAUCUCUCCUAACUGUUUUGCACAAAAGUCUAAAGGCUUCUCCUCCAGUCGCUCACCCAACAGCCAUGAAAACUUUCUGCCAAAAACAAAUCCUCGUUAUUAAAACACUUUAUAAUAUCUGCCAAGGAAGCAUGUUUGUUGAAAAAAUGUUAUCCUAUUUGCGAGUUGAAGAUUUCCGCCAGCUGUUAGAGUUUCACUUCAACAACAACACCAACUUCUCUAUGAAUCACACCAGAAAAGAUGCCAAAAGUCAGAACUGGGGUGACCUCAGUGUAUCAUUGGUGCUAUAUCUAUUGAAUUUCUUGUUGUUCAUUAAUGUGCCUGAAGUAAAAUCAUUCUUUGAAAAUGUCAUGCAGGAUUCCAAUAUUGUGCAAUUCUUAGCGAAGGGAUUCUUGUCGUCUGAUCGCAAUGAAGUACAUGCAGCUAUAAACUUACUUUCUAUUGGAUCCAAGCUGGAAUCGUUCCCUCAUGUCGCGUUGGGUGAUGCCUUGGCUGCUAACAACGUUGUCCGUGAACAAGAUCAUAAAACAAUGAACAAUUCUUCAUUUGGAUGGAAUAGCAAUGUCCACAACUCUUACAAUAUUUUACCAUCAAAUCAUGGUGGUCAGAAAGUUCCUGGAAAAUCAGCAUCAAUUGCUGAGCAGAACAUUGAAGAUUUGAUUGAAAAACUUCAAACUGGUUUAGAGGUAAAAGAUGUGAAGCUUUCUGAAAUGAUAGAUGUUUAUGAGCACAAGCUGCAGUCAAUGCAGAUGAGAGAACAGCAGCUACAAGACCUUUUGGAAGCUAAGACAUUAGCAGUGGUCCGUGCUGAUCGUGUCAUAAGUCAAUUCAGGUCUCGUCGUGCAGAAGCAGAAGCAGAGAACUGUAGCAUACGUAAUAUGCUCCGAACUUUUGAAAAAAGAACAGAAGAAUAUCAAGAAAAGCUACAAAAUAUGACUGCUCUUGAGACAAACUAUAACAAUUUACUGGCUGAAAAACAGAAACUGGAAUUAAUGGCAGAGGAACAUGUGGUAUUGAAAGAAAACUAUAAUGAACAAAGUCAAAAGUUAGAGAAUGCUGAACAUAUGCUCAAUACUUUGAGACAGGAACAUACUUCAUUGACAGAGAUGCAUGAAAUUUUACGUAAACAUCAUGAAACACUGAAGCAACAGAAUGAAGUGAGUCUUGAAAAGCAAGGCAAACUCUCAAGGCAACUAAAAGAAUCAGAAUCAUUGGUUAAAUCAUUACAAAAAACUGUAUCAGAGAUUGAAGAACAGCUGCAGAAACUGUCUAAGGAGCGUGAUGAUUUAGAUGAAGCCAUUGAAAAAGUACGGAGAAGUUUGGACAAAACUGAAAUAGAGAAAAAAGAACUACAGCAAAAGAUCACUUCCCUUGAAGUUGUGUGUCAAAAACAUGAACGUGUCAUCAAAGAGAAAACUGGAGAAUUAGAAGAAGUUAAAGAUAAUCUUGCCAAACAUGAACAAAUAGCUGCCAUGAUUCAUAACCUAAGUAGUAGCAAAAUUCCACCAAAGGUGUCUUUUUAAGGACUUUGCUAAUAAUGUCUCUUUCUAUGUUUGUGUGAGUGUGGAGUAUGUGCAUGUGGCCAUGUGUGUGUGUAUAUAUAUAUAUAUAUAUAUAUAUAUAUAUAUACACACACACAAUUGCUUUAACUGAGAUCUUAAGUUUCACCUGAAUUAAUUCAACUAGACUGAUGCAAUGCAUGUCACACAAGCAAAUACAUGUGUGUAUGUGUGUGUAUAUAAUUGGGUGUUUGUGUAGAUGAUGUGUGUUGCAUGAUUAAGUUUGCUUGGCUAUCAUGUGAUUCUGAGUUCAAUCCAGCUAUAUGGCAGGUACAUUGGACAGAAGUAUUUUUUUCCCAUUACUUAGAAUCUGAUCCAAAUCUUGAGUGAAGUCCUAUUGAUAAAGACUGUGUGGUGGCUUAUAGCAUGUGCUGUAUUUGUGUUUCAAAGGGUCAACUUUGUCAUACUGAAAAUUAAAGAGUACCAAUGUGUGUAAUACCUCAAGGAUUAUGAAAGGGACCAGUGUGUGGAAUACUCAGCCACUUACAUUAAAAUUCAUUAUGUAGUUCUUUUGGGGUAGGUAUCACUUUACAUAGAUUUCUCAAAUUUCAAUAUCAAGAUAAAACUUAAUGAAAUAUUAAAUUCUAAAUAUUACAAAAUCAUA